AUGCUGAUCGACGCACAGAAACAGCAGAAGAAGGAAGCUGAGGAUCAAAACCAUGAGAACGGAGGUCUGCAGCAGGGACCGGAGGCCCCGGAGAGCGACGAACUCCCGGGGAAGGCCAAGGCGUCCACUGGCCACAAGCAGAAGGAGGGGCCGGCCGCGGGCAGCGGACACCCUCCGGCUCCCGACGGUGGCUGGGGGUGGGUCGUGGCCGCCGCCGUCGCCUUCAGCGCCGCGUUGAUGAUUAUACCCAUCCUGUCAUUCCCGUUCGUCUUCGCGGACUACCUGCAGCAGCUCGGUGAGGGUGCCGAAGCGAUGACCACCAUUGUCAGCGUCUGGACCUGCGUCAGUUCAUUCAUAGUCAGUUUCAGGUUCAGCAGUCACCAGUGGCUGUACGAGGUGGGGCUCCUACUUCACUGCAAUUACAGGCGCCCAUCCAUAACAGAUUACAGCAUUGACCCCAUGGUGCAGGGUGCUGGGUCUGGACUCAUCGCACCAGCGAUUUUUACCUCAAUCAAUUCAUAUUUCGACCGCAAAAGGACUUUUGUCAUGGGCUUCGUACAGUUUGCAAUAGGCGUGGGAGGAGUUGGAGUGCCCGUAAUGACACAAAAACUAGUUGCUGCUCUCGGCUUCAGAACCACUCAGUUUAUAAUCAGUGCGCUUGUUCUGUUGAUUAUACCCGCAGCUCUUCCUAUGAAACCUCUAAGAUAUGAGGAGAAUGAGGGGGGUGCCGACACCCAUCGUAAGUUGACAGACCAGGAAUCCGGACCUCAUGUUGCCGGGGAAGAAAGGAAGGGAGCUAUUGGAAAGAUAGCGGGAGUGGAUUAUGAGAAUGAGGAAGUCAAUCAAGACAUUGAGGAGCAGAAAGAGACUUCCAACGGCCCUAUUAAUCUGGACGAGGAGGAGAGGAUGCCUGCGGAUGACCUGGUGACGCAGCGAGAAGAAGAAAAACGGGAUCUUAUCGAGAAAAGCAACAAUUCUAAUGAGCGGCGGCGCAGCAGCAACGUGGCAAGGAUCAGCGACGCCGUCCUGCGUCCACGCAUCUCUAUCGCCAGCUUCAACAGCAUUCCUUUCCCGGAACAGGCCAUGCAGACGACGGAAAACCAGUCAAAAAGGUUAGAGUGCUCUCUCUUCCCAUUGGUGGUGGACAGUAAUCAUAGACCUGUUGGAUCUGCGGCUAAUGCAAGACCUCCGAUUCACUAA